UUUCAGGCUGGUGGUCUCAAAAAUACACGUUAUAUUACCGUGACGUCUACUUUUGAGAAACUAUUGGAACCUACGCCAACAGAAGCUCCAUCGCUAACAGCUACAGAACCUCUUACAGAAAACAUCCUUGCAACUACGAGUUAUAAUGACAAGGACGGAAAUUUCUUGGAUUCCAGCAUAGCGACUUUGCCGCCACUCUAUGUGGCAUCUGAUAUGGAAACUCCUCCAUUAGAAACUAAAACAGAAACCUUUAGCACCACGCAGACGAUGCUAAAAACUCACAUUUUGCCAGCAGUUCGUGAAGGGAAUCAAACAUCCACAUACACGCUCAUUCAAACGUAUUUGAUAACGAGAAUUGUGACCGCCACAAAAACACUACCCCCAAUGGAAGCCUACCACUUCAAUCCAAGCAGAACCCUUAACGAAUUUAACAGUCAUUUGGAUGAAGCUGGAUCAGAAUUGAAUCUCGAUAUUGCGUUCGGUGAUGAAGAAAGCGAAAACAGUCUGAGAAAGUCUUUCCAAGGUGACUUGGACCUUGCCAAUGUGGGAUCCGAUUUUAGUCUGUCCGAUAUAGAUAAAGCUAAACUGAUGGAAGCUCAUCUUCGUGCUAAAAAAUUGAAGUCUGCAACACCCAAACCUGAAGUAAACUUGGUACCAACACCGAAUCCAGCUCUAAAUCCUGAUCAACUUCAGCAGCUAGCUCUGCUUAGGUUCCUGAAUCCUGCCGCAGCGGUUCCCCAGGGACAAAUAAUAACCACUUCGAAACCUGUCAUUAAACUGGAAACGGUUUAUGAAUCCCAUGUAAUUCCUAUCUUCAAUGGCCAGAGUACCAUCCUGACGACCGUUUCAAAGGUUCUUGGAACUGUAACAAGAACCGACUACGAACUAGGAACAAGCACUAUAGCUGCCCCGGUGGUUCCCGCUUUACCUACAAUCGCGCCUGUCAACCCACUAUUCCCACAACAGCAACAACCCCAAUUUACAGUAACAUCGUCUCCAAUAGUUCAAAAUACCGUACUGACGCAAACUGACAGUAAGGUCCUGAAGUUGACUUUCGGUGCGAAAACGGCAUACACGACAAUAUUUUCAACAAAGAUUGUACCAACGAUGGUCACGACUUAUAUGACAGCAUCUGUGCCUGUUCAACCCACGGCAGCAUUUCCUGGCUUCUUCCCAGCACCCUACCCGCCAUUUCCCUAUUUAGGGUAAAGUCAACGCGAGAAUGAAGCAAUGAAUCGCUUCUACAGACUGUAUUGUAAAUAUAAGUGAUUCUUAGUGGUGCUGAAAGACAUGUAAAGUGUGAAAAACUUUCCCUACAUGAAACCAAUUAAACCAUCAAUUGUAAAUAAGCAUUAGUGUUGUAUGUCGCCGUAGUAUUUAAUGUAAUUUCACCUUGUAAUAUAGCUCAUCUUUUGUAUAUUUACCUCACACAAUAAAUCAUCAUUAAUACAAAAGGUA